CAGACUCGUUCCCCUCCCGGCGCGGUAGCGUUGCCAUAACAACCAAGCGCCCGGGCAGCGGGGGGCCGCCGGGGAGGAAGUGACGAGCGCAUUUCGAAAACCAAGCAGAAGCCGUCGACUCAGCGGCGAGCCUGUUGAAAUUAACCCACACGUGUAUUUCACGGCAUUCUGGGUGGAAAUUGGAUGUGAAAAUGAAGCCAGAUCGAGAUACGCUAGAUGAGUACUUUGAAUAUGAUGCGGAGGAGUUCUUGGUCUCUUUGGCCUUGCUAAUAACAGAAGGACGAACACCUGAAUGUUCUGUAAAAGGUCGAACGGAAAGUUUCCAUUGCCCUCCAGCACAGUCGUGUUACCCAGUAACUACCAAACAUGAAUGCAAUGACAAACUGGCCCAGUGUCGCCAAGCCAGACGAACCAGGUCUGAGGUCACAUUGCUGUGGAAGAAGAGUCUUCCAAUCAUGGUGGAAGUGAUGCUUCUACCAGACUGCUGCUAUAGUGAUGAUGGGCCCACCACGGAAGGACUUGAUCUCAAUGAUCCUGCAAUUAAGCAAGAUGCUUUGUUGUUAGAAAGGUGGAUCUUGGAGCCAGUUCCUCGACAGAAUGGUGAUCGAUUUAUUGAAGAGAAGAGUCUUCUGUUGGCUGUCCGCUCAUUCGUGUUCUUUUCUCAGUUAAGUGCUUGGCUGAGUGUUUCCCAUGGUGCUAUUCCACGAAAUAUUCUUUACAGAAUCAGUGCUGCUGAUGUAGACCUACAGUGGAAUUUUUCACAGACUCCCAUUGAACAUGUAUUUCCUGUUCCCAAUGUUUCUCACAAUGUGGCCUUGAAAGUCAGCGUUCAGUCCUUGCCCAGACAAUCUAAUUACCCAGUUUUGACCUGCAGUAUUCAUACUAACAUUGGUCUUUAUGAGAAAAGAAUUCAAGAACAUGAACUUAAAACCCAUCAACAUCACAGUUCUAACGAAGCAGAACAUUGUAGUACGAACAGUUCACAGCGUCUGUGUAGCAAGCAAACCUGGACCAUGGCGCCUGAAAGUGUAUUACAUGCAAAAACUGGCACACCUCCAGAAUAUACUGCAGCCAUCAAAAAUGUCAAACUACAUCCGGGCACUGGCAGUAAAACUGAUUAUGGGGCACCUCAAACUAGUAUUUCGGGCUUUAGUGACAUAGGAGAUAUAAAGCCCCAUGAAACAUCAGUGAGAACGUUAAAGUCAUUUUCAAUGAUUGACUCCAGUGUAUCUAACCGCCACAGUUCCUGGCAGUCAGUUGGUGAAACUAACCCUUUAAUAGGUUCUUUAAUUCAGGAGCGACAAGAAGUCAUUGCAAGAAUUGCUCAGCAUUUGAUUCACUGCGAUCCAAGCACUUCACAUGUUUCGGGACAUCCAUUCAACACUCAGGAGUCUAGUUCUCUUAAUUCAAAACUUCUACGGGUUUCACAAGAAAAUGACAAUGUGAGAAAAUGUAGAGAAAUGUUUUCCAUUUCUCUUGGUAGUCCAGAUUUUCCCUCCUUAGAAGACACCAGUGAAGGGAAAAUUCGAGCAAAACCAGAAACUCCUCGAAGCGAAACUUGCCUCUCUAACGGUCUUUUUUCUCGGCAGUCUGUUGGAGAGACUAAUCCUUUGAUAGGCUCUUUACUCCAGGAUCGGCAAGAUGUCAUUGCUAGGAUCGCUCAGCACUUGGAACACAUUGACCCAACAGCGUCACAUGUACCCCGGCAGUCAUUCGGCAUUCAUGACUCAAGUUCAGUUUCUUCUAAAGUGUUUAGGGGUUCAUAUGAAGACCAAAAUUUAUUGAAGAAAAUUAAGGAUGAUGUCUCUGUUUCCAUUCCUCAUACAAAAUGCUCCUUGUUAGGAGACAGCAGUGAUGGGAAAGACUUAAUACCUAAUAAAUAUUUUAGUUCUUUUAAAUGCAGUAAUAAAGAAAAGACUUCUCUGAGCCCUCCAAAAAGAAAUCAUUAUCAGAACAAUUGUAAUGAAAUCAUACAAAGUACAUGUCAGGAGACAAGGAACAAGACAUCUAGUUUAUUGACUUCCUCAACUACAUCUCACUGCAAAGAAAGUAACUUACCUUUGACAAGCAUAUUUAAGGAUCCAGAAAUUAGCAACGGAAUUGAUAAACAGUAUUCAGAUUGUAACAGUAUUGACAAACAGAUCUGCACAGAUAAGUAUAAGGAAAAAAUAAUAAAAAAUAAAAGCUGUAAUCCAGAAUCUGUCAACAAUCUCCAGUUUGAUAAUUCAAGAAAAGUUGACUCAACAAUGAAAGCUACUAUGUUGGAAAUGUCUGAAUAUUUGAACAAAUGUGAAAAUAACUGCUUGAAUCAAGACUUGAAAAGACCUAAGACAUGUGAGCAAAAUACUCAACCUAAUAGCAUAGGAAAUUAUCUCAGUAAAGAUAAUGAAGGUUUUAAAUGCAAAGAGUCAGACCAUUUGAAAAAUGAACUGGAUAAGAAAGAUCCAAUUGAUAAAAAAUCUCAAAACUGUUCUCAGAGAAAGAGUAUACAAGACUGUUUGUCUACAUGUGAACAACCAAAAAAUACAGAGGUACUGAGGACUACACUGAAACAUUCAAAUGCCUGGCGAAAACACAAUUUUCAUUCCUUAGAUGGAACUUCAACCAGAGCCUUUCAUCCUCAAACAGGAUUGCCUCUUCUUUCAAGCCCUGUUCCUCAAAGAAAAACACAAUCAGGUUGCUUUGACCUUGAUUCUUCAUUACUGCAUCUGAAAAGCUUAUCAUCCAAAAGUCCUCGACCGUGUUUAACUAUUGAAGAUGAUCCUGAUAUUCACGAAAAACCAUUUUUGAGUAGUAGUGCUCCACCUGUAACAAGUCUUAGUCUCCUAGGAAAUUUUGAGGAAUCUGUCUUGAACUACCGUUUAGAUCCUCUUGGCAUUGUUGACGGUUUUACUGCCGAGGUAGGGGCAAGUGGUGUUUUCUGCCCCACACAUUUGACUCUUCCAGUUGAAGUGUCAUUCUACAGUGUUUCAGAUGAUAAUGCUCCCUCUCCUUAUAUGGGUGUGAUUACUUUAGAGUCCCUUGGUAAAAGGGGUUAUCGAGUACCUCCUUCAGGAACAAUACAAGUGACCUUAUUUAAUCCUAAUAAGACUGUGGUGAAGAUGUUUGUUGUGAUAUAUGACUUACGAGAUAUGCCAGCCAAUCAUCAGACAUUCCUACGACAAAGAACGUUUUCUGUACCUGUUAAACAAGACAUGAAGAGGAGUGUUCAUAGGGAGAAUAUCCAACAUACAGAAGAACGGUUAUUACGCUACCUCAUACAUCUGAGGUUCCAGAGUUCUAAAUCUGGAAAGAUCUACCUCCAUAGAGACGUUCGGCUCCUGUUCUCUAGAAAGUCAAUGGAGGUUGAUAGCGGUGCUGCGUACGAACUCAAAUCUUACACUGAAUCGCCAACAAACCCUCAGUUUUCACCAAGAUGUUGAUAAGGAGUGACUAUCGAAGUAUUUGCUCAGUACCCAAGUUCAAAAGUGAAAAUUAGCGUAGAACGGAGUGUACCAAAUGAAUGCUCAGGAGAGUGGAUCCUCUCCUAUAAUCCUGGACCAGUUUUUAUUAAAGGAUUCCUGAAAUGAGAUCCACGUAUUCCAAGUAGACUGGAAACACUCAUAUCCUAAUCCCUUUUGUACUGUCAAAACCACUUCGUUGGACAUGUUGCAAUAGCAAACCCCCCGUUAGAUUAGUGUUUACACAUUUUAUUUCUCAGUUAUUUAAUAUUUAAUGUUUUCCUUAAUACUCAAGUGAUGUUUGUCUCUAGUGUUCCAAUGUAGCACAAAUCCCAUGUAAAAUCAUACUAUGUAUUUUUGACAUUAACUUUGAAAUCUGAAAUAUAUGCACAAGUCUUUAAUUUUGUGUGAU